CGGUGCCGACAUCAUAUUGAGAAAUCUUUGCUGCCAAGCAUAUCCCUGCAGCGUGGCAUUCGUACGACGCCAUGUUUCAUGCUUGUUCAUAUCCCACGAGCAUUUUAGCGACAAAUACGAUCUACAAUAAACUCAAUCUUACCUGUUUGCCCUUCAAACUUUCAACUAGAUCUCAGUUUCCAGAUCUGCACAUCAGCUCUGACUAGUUUUUCCUGACUCGAGUUCCCCCUCUGUCAGGUGACAUCUCCUCCUCGAAACUUGAUCACAUUUGCCGUUUCAACUUCCCCGCAUCGAUCCUUCGACAUGCAUGCCGGGCCAACGGGGAUAUAUGAUGUCAAAGCGACAAGUCAAAGCAAUCACAGAAACAGACAAGCUCCUCUUGUCCGUUGCUCUUUGCCAGAUUUGUUACUCGAAUAGUUGAGAUGCAGAUAGCAGACACAGUUUGGGAUCCACUUCGUGUCACCUCAUUCGACCCCUCACCAUCAGACCAACAAUCACCCUGUUUCUGCCCUACUUCGAAAGAUUUUGCGGAAUCAUGCCCGCAUGGAAUGUUGCCUGACAUUGUUUGGGUGGACCGAUCGGUAGUCGAAUGAUAUAAAAGCUCAGCAUCCUCGCUCCUGUCUUUACAGAUAUCUCAACUCCAGAACCUUUGGAACAAUCUCCUUCGAUUUCAUAUCACCUUUAACUCAUAAUGUCAAUCCCUUCUCAGCAACGAGCAGCAGUCCGUCAAGGACUUGGCCCAGAAGCAACAGCUCCCAUCCGCACAGUCGACGUUGAAAAGCCAGGCCCGGGUCAAAUCCUCGUCAAGGUCACAUGGACUGGCCUCUGCGGCUCUGACAAGUCUCUCCUACACAAUGAAUGGAAGGACUUUGGCGUCAGCAUGAUGGAUACGUCCAAAGGCAUCGCUGGACAUGAAGGAGCCGGCAAUGUCGUGGCUGUUGGUGAAGGUAUGGAGAAUAGGUGGAAGAUCGGUGAUCGGGCUGGUGUGAAGUGGAUUGCUAGCACUUGUGGCGAAUGCGACUUUUGCAGGUCUGGUACCGAUGAGGUUCACUGCCCUAACCAGACCAACAGCGGAUUCUCCGUCGCGGGGACGUUCCAGGAAUAUGUUAUUGCGGAUGGAAGAUAUACUUCAAAAAUCCCAGAUGGUGUUUCUGAUGAGGAGGCUGGACCGAUUAUGUGCGGAGGCGUGACAGCAUACACAGCUUGCAAACGAUCUGGAGUCACACCAGGCCAAUGGCUAGUCAUCCCUGGUGCUGGAGGUGGUCUCGGCCAUUUCUGCAUCCAAUACGCCAAAGCUAUGGGCAUGCGAGUCAUCGCUAUUGACGGCGGUGACGAAAAGCGAGAUCUAUGCCUCAAGCUUGGUGCUGAAGUUUUCAUUGACUUCAAGACAACAAAAGAUAUCACUGCCGAGGUUAUGAAGAUCACGAAAUACGGCGCUCACGGUGUCAUCAUCACAGCUGCGACGCGAGCGGCGUACGAGACUGCCCCUAACUACCUCCGUCCUAAUGGUACUGCUGUGGCUGUUGGUCUUCCUCAAGACCCAACUGUCAUUGCUGGUGCACCUCCAAUGGCGGUUGCUCUUCGACGACUGAAGAUCGUGGGAAGUGUUACUGGUAGUAUGAAGGAUGUUGAGGAAGCUCUGGACUUCACUGCUAGAGGUCUCGUUCGACCAAUUCUUUCCAAGGGAAAGCUUGAAGAUCUUGAUCAAUGGAUCAAAAAACUUUCUACUGGCCAACUCGCUGGACGAUGCGUCCUAAAGGUUGCUGCUUAGAAUAUCUACCGAAGAGUAUAAUGUGAUCAAGGUUUAUUGAUGGCUGGUUUGUUGGCAGUUGGUGCUUGAGGAGUUUAGUUAAGGUGAAUAUGGCCAAGGACGGACGUCAGUGUAUCGGGGUGGAGUUGGUGGAAUGUACGACUGAAUAAACCCGAGUAUAAACAUAUUUUUCUUGAUAUGACGCAUGGCCAUGACUCGUUUUUUCAUAUUCAUAUUUCCCUUUGCUGCAUGUUUGAGCUAGUCGAUGCGAGAUGGAUAAUCAUCUUCACAAUGUCCUCCUACAUUGUUUGAGUUGUUAUCUAGAUGGGUUAUUUGCAGUUGAGGCUUGCGGCCGAGAGCUUAUCCCGGCACACAGGACUUAGUUAACUCCAUGUCCUCCAGUACUCCUCAACCUCACCCUGUUCCAGCCUUUCAAGCUCCGCAUAGAACCCGACCUUGUUCAACUUGUAAUGCACUGCGAUUUUCCUCGCUGUCCAACCAUCUGCA